AUGGGGAAGACGAGUGGGACGAGAGAUUGGGGUCAGAUCUACGCGAUUUACGGGAUCGAGCAGAAACACACUCUCUUCUUCCUCCUCCUCCACGCGAUUGCUUUCUCUCUACUCUCCACCGUCUUCUUCCUCUACUUCCACCCGAUCUGCCUCUUCCUCGAGUCUUUCCUCUUCUCAAGCUCCGCCGCUGCUAGAUUCGCCGCCGGAUUCUUCGGCGCCGUAACGGCACUCUCCGCCGUGUGUUUGUUUUACGCGGCGGCGAAUUUCUUCUACUCCGCCGUGCCGCUACGGUACGAGAUGGCGCAGAGGAUGGUUGGAUCGGUGGUGGAUUGGUCGAGCGUGAAGACGGCGCUUGAUCUCGGUUGCGGCCGAGGGAUUCUGUUGAAUGCGGUGGCGACUCAGCUGAAGAAAACCGGAAGUUCGGGUCGGGUCGUCGGGUUAGACCGGUCCAUGACCACUACUCUCUCUACUCUCCGUACGGCUCACAUCGAAGGAGUGCAAGAGUACGUGACUUGCCGUGAAGGAGACGUAAGACGUCUUCCGUUCAGUGACAACUAUUUCGACGUGGUGGUUUCCGCCGUGUUCCUCCACACCGUCGGGAAAGAAUACGGUCAGAAGACGGUGGAGGCGGCGGCGGAGAGGACGAGAGUGCUUGGAGAAGUGGUGAGAGUGCUGAAACCAAGCGGAGUAGGAGUGGUGUGGGACCUAGUGCACGUGCCGGAGUACGUGCGAAGGUUACAGGAGCUGAGGAUGGAGGAGAUUAGGGUUUCGAAGCGAGUCACUGCGUUUAUGGUGAAGAGCCAUAUGGUCUCCUUUAAGAAACCUAGUCACCAUUUUGUGGGACCCGGAGAAGUACGUUUAGAUUGGAGAUGUUGA